GACAUAAAACAUCCCAAAACCCAAAAAUACAUCAAACCUUAAGACAAAGGAAAUGAUGGGAAGCCAACUCCACCGGUCCCCUCUCCUCCUCCUCUUCUUCGUCGUCGUCCUCUUCCUUCACCGUUCGCACGCCCAGCCCAACAUCACCGGCUACACCUGCACGGCGAACCAGACCCACUCCCCGUGCCAGACCUACGCCUUCUACCGGGCCAGCCUCUCCCAGAACUACACCGACCUCGCCUCCAUCGGCGACCUCUUCGGCGUCAGCCGCCUCAUGAUCGCCGACCCCAGCAACAUCUCGUCCUCCGCCCUCUCCGCAACCCUCGCCGCCGACCAACCCCUGUUCGUCCCUCUGACCUGCUCGUGCAACCCCCACAACGGCACCAACAUCUCCUACGCCAACAUCACCUACACCAUCCGCGCCGGCGACACCUUCUUGCGCCUCUCCACCGGGCCCUUCGAGAACCUCACCUCCUACCAGUCGGUCGAGCUCGUGAACCCCGACCUGGUCGCCACGAACCUGACCAUCGGGGUCGACGCGGUGUUCCCGAUCUUCUGCAAGUGCCCCAACGAGACCCAGUCGACGGGUGGGGUCAAUUUCCUGGUCUCGUACGUGCUUCAGCCCAGCGACAACCUCUCAAGCGUGGCGUCGAGAUUCGGGAUCCAAGAACAGAGCAUAGUGAGCAACAACACCAAAUCUACCGAGACACUCUUCCUGCCCUUCUCUAAGCUCCCAAGUCUGACCCAACCCAUCGUCUCCGCCAACACCUCCGCGCCAUCCGCGAGAGAAGAAAGAACAGGGCUCAUCGUGGGGCUGGCAAUCGGGGUCGGAGUCCUCGGGGUAUUCUUGAUUCUGGGGAUCGCGCUCUGGCUCCACAGAGAAAGAUCGAACAAGAAGAGGGUUCCGGGUCCGGGGCCGGCCAAUCUGGAGGGAGAUGGAGAGAAGAGGAUGGCGCGCGGCGAGAAAGGGCCGAGGGAGAUGGAGGUGAAUCUGAUGGCGGACGUGUCGGGCUGCUUGGACAAGUACAGGGUGUUCGGGAUCGACGAGCUCAAGGAAGCGACCGACGGGUUCAGCUCGAGGUGUCUGAUCCAGGGGUCGGUGUACAAGGGUUUUCUGGACGGCGAGGUGUUCGCGAUCAAGAAGAUGAAGUGGAACGCCUACGAGGAGCUCAAGAUUCUGCAGAAGGUGAACCAUGGCAAUCUAGUGAGGCUAGAGGGCUUCUGCAUCGACCCGGAGGACGCGAACUGCUACCUCAUCUACGAGUUCCUGCCCAACGGGUCGCUCCACUCGUGGCUCCACGAUGCCGGCGGCCACCAGGGGAGGCUGAGCUGGAAGACCCGGCUGCGCAUCGCGUUCGACGUGGCCAACGGCCUCCAGUACAUCCACGAGCACACCCGCCCGCGGGUCGUCCACAAGGACAUCAAGAGCAGCAACAUCCUGCUGGACUCCAACAUGCGGGCCAAGAUCGCCAACUUCGGCCUCGCCAAGUCGGGCUGCAACGCCAUCACCAUGCACAUCGUGGGCACCCAGGGCUACAUCGCCCCGGAGUACCUGUCCGACGGGGUCGUGUCCACGAGGAUGGACGUGUUCUCGUUCGGGGUCGUCCUGCUCGAGCUGGUCUCGGGGAGGGAGGCGAUGGACGAGGAGGGGAGGGUGAUGUGGGCCGCCGCGGUCGAGGCCUUCGGUGGGCGCAGCAGCGAGGAGAUCGGGAAGGCCGAGAGGCUGAGGGGGUGGAUGGACGAGGCCCUGGUGGCGGACUCGUCGUGCUCGGUGGAGAGCGUCGCGAGCGUGGUGAGCGUCGCGAUCUCCUGCCUGAACCGGGACCCGGCGAAGAGGCCGAGCAUGGUGGACAUAGUGUACGCCUUGUGCAAGAGCGACGACGUCUUCGAUUUCUCCGAGGAUGGUUUUUCAGCUGAGGCUCAAGUUUCGGCGAGAUGAGAGAGAGAGAGAGAGGGGUCAUGGUCGGGAUCUACUUGCUUACAUUACCAAGUGGAUAAAUAAAAUUCGAGUAAAUGAGCAGUCAAGAAUGUUUUUUUUUUUUUUUUUGAGUGGAGGUUGGAUAAUAUGUAUAUGCAGAAUUCUGGAAAUAAAUUAGCACGGUUUGAUUUAAUU